GACCCGACGCCAUUUUGUCAUCCAUUUCCUCCCGGAUCAGUAGCGAUAUUCGCCGCAAACAGAGCUUGGCAGGACCUGGCUUUCAACCUGAAAAAUACCCGUCCCCUUAGCAUGAGAAAAUAAGGCGGGUCGCCCAACAGACACCCCAGUCGCACCCGCAACAAAACGCAAUCAUGGCUCUGAAAAUGGUAAAAGGCAGCAUCGACCGCAUGUUUGACAAAAACCUUCAGGAUCUCGUACGUGGCAUUAGGAAUCACAAGGAGGAUGAGGCCAAGUUCAUCUCAGCAUGCAUCGAUGAGAUCAAGCACGAGCUGAAGCAGGACAACAUCGCGGUGAAGGCCAAUGCUGUGUGCAAGCUGACCUACUUGCAGAUGCUGGGGUACGAUGUCAGCUGGGCAGCUUUCAACAUCAUCGAAGUGAUGAGCUCCUCCAAGUUCACCUUCAAGCGGAUAGGUUACCUGGCUGCCUCUCAGUGCUUCCACGAGGGGACUGAUGUCAUCAUGCUGACAACCAAUCAGAUUCGCAAGGACCUCAGCAGCCCCAAUCAAUACGACACGGGUGUGGCACUGACUGGGCUGUCCUGCUUCGUGACCCCAGACCUCGCCAGGGACCUGGCCAAUGACAUAAUGACGCUGAUGUCACACACAAAGCCCUACAUCCGCAAGAAGGCAGUGCUGAUCAUGUACAAGGUGUUCCUGAAGUACCCCGAGUCUCUGCGCCCCGCUUUCCCCCGGCUCAAAGAGAAACUGGAGGACCCCGACCCAGGGGUACAGUCAGCUGCUGUGAAUGUUAUCUGUGAGCUCGCCAGACGCAACCCCAAAAACUACCUGUCCCUCGCCCCACUCUUCUUCAAACUGAUGACCUCCUCCACCAACAACUGGGUCCUCAUCAAGAUCAUCAAGCUGUUUGGAGCCCUCACUCCACUUGAACCCAGGCUGGGAAAGAAACUAAUUGAGCCGCUAACAAACCUCAUACACAGCACCUCUGCCAUGUCCCUCCUGUAUGAGUGUGUGAAUACGGUCAUUGCAGUUUUAAUAUCCCUGUCUUCCGGAAUGCCCAAUCACAGCGCCAGCAUCCAGCUGUGUGUCCAGAAAUUGAGAAUCCUGAUUGAAGACUCAGAUCAGAACCUGAAGUACCUCGGGCUCCUGGCCAUGUCGAAGAUCCUGAAGACUCACCCCAAGUCUGUGCAGUCCCACAAGGACCUCAUUCUGCAGUGUCUCGAUGACAAGGACGAGUCCAUCCGGCUCCGAGCCCUCGACCUGCUCUACGGCAUGGUGUCCAAGAAGAACCUGAUGGAGAUAGUGAAGAAGCUGAUGAUCCACGUGGACAAGGCGGAGGGAACGACCUACCGAGACGAGCUCCUCACCAAGAUCAUCGACAUCUGCAGCCAGUCCAACUACCAGUACAUCACCAACUUCGAGUGGUAUAUCAGUAUCCUGGUGGAGCUCACUCGGUUGGAAGGGACUCGGCACGGACACCUCAUUGCCUCUCAGAUGCUGGACGUUGCGAUCCGAGUGAAGGCUAUCCGCUCCUUCGCCGUGUCCCAGAUGGCCAUGCUGCUGGACAACGCACACCUGCUGACCGGGAACACUCAGCGCAACGGGAUCUGUGAGGUGCUGUACGCGGCAGCCUGGAUCUGCGGGGAGUUCUCAGAACACCUGGAGGAGCCCAUGCAGACUCUGGAGGCCAUGCUGCGCCCCAAGGUGACCACCCUGCCGGGGCACAUCCAGGCCGUGUACGUGCAGAACGCCGUCAAGCUGUUCGCCACUGUGCUGGCUCGCCAGGAGGGGGCAGGAGAUAGGCAGGCCGCGCAAGAGACCACAGAGCUGCUCAUUGAGAAACUGCCGCAGUUCGUACAGAGCUCAGACCUGGAGGCGUCCUGCAUCCUGCAGCUCAUCAAGUAUAUCCAGAAGCUGCAGGCGAAGGAGGUGAGCGUGUCCGAGGAGGUGAGCGCGCUCUUCGCUGGGGAGCUCAACCCCGUGGCCCCCAAAGCGCAGAAGAAGGUGCCCAUCCCAGACGGGCUGGAUCUGGACUCAUGGAUCAACAAGCCCCUCCGUGAGAUCGAAUCCGAGGACGAGAAACCCAGAGCCGUCUUUCAAGUGGAGGAGCCGCAGCACAGCCGACCCAGAGUGCCUGAGAUAGACGAGAAGGAGCUGGCCAAGCGGCGUGAAGUCCGGAAGCAGGAGCAGGCCAGCAACCCGUUCUACAUCAAGAGCUCCCCGUCCCCGCAGAAGGAGACUGCCAAUGUCGAUCACAUCCCUGUUGUGCAGAUCGACCUCACGGUGCCCUUGAAAGUGCCAGGAAUGCCCAUGUCAGAGCAGUACGUGAAGCUGGAGGAGGAUAGACGGCAGAAGCAGAAGCAGGACAAGAAGAAAGACAAGAAGAAGAAGAAAGAGAAAGAGAAGAAGCGAGGGAAGGGGCGGCGCCUGGACUCUGCGCACACAGAGAGCGAGGAGGACAUCGCGCCGGCACAGAGUGUGGACAUCAUGACGGAGGAGAUGCCUGAGAACGCGCUGCCGAGCGACGAGGACGAUAAAGACCCCAACGACCCCUACAGGGCCCUGGAUAUCGAUCUGGACAAGCCAAUGGUGGACAGUGACAAGCUCCCGGUACAGACUCACAGGCCCACGGAGGGGCUGAAAUCUCCCGACCCCGUGGCGGGAGUGGAGGAGCAGGACGAGAAGAAGAGCAGCAAGAAAAUCAAGAAGGACAAGGAGAGGAAGGACAAGGAGAGGAAGAAAAGCAAAGAGGAGAAGAAGAAAAAGAAGCACAGGAAGUCCACUCCUGGGGAGGAAGAGGAGGGACAAGUUGAAAAGCCCGCCCCUGCAGCAGCGGAAAGCAAGAUCACAGCCCUGCCCACAGCCCCGCCCACGGAGGACUUUGAUUUGGAUUUCUGGCUUUCCAGUGCUCCAGUGCCCUCUCAGUCCCAGCCCGAGCUAGUGGAUCCUGCCCCCUCGUCCGAGCCGGAGGAGCCCAAAGACGAGGAGGAGAGGGAGGAGAGCAAAUCUUCAAAACACAAGAAGCAGCAGCACAGGAAGGAGAAGGAGGAGAAAUCAAAGAAGAAGAAGAAGAAGAAGCACCAGGAUGAGGGCAAGGCCAAGUCUGUGCAGAACGGGACGCUGGAGGAAGAGGAAGAGCCCCUGCCGCCUAUGACCAACUACAGCCUUCUUGCUGAGAACUCGGACAUUAAAAUGGUGAGCACGGGACAGCAGGGAGCUCGGAUGGUUUAGGUAACCCACCUGCCCACCGCCUUCCCACUUUGCCACCCACACACUUCUCAGAAUUAGAGUUUGGAUUAGAAUGCAUUAAGUUUCUGAACCCUUAACCCUCUCUAAAUCUAGUAGAGUUUGAUAGGGAAGGCUAACAUCUCAGAAAUGGCGUUCAUUUCAGAGUUCUUGUCCUAGAUCAUAUAAGUCAUAUCAUCAUUUCAUUUUUUUUUUUCUUAAGUUGAUAAAGGAGCAAGGACCGGUACCUGGAAAGGUUUGUGUGCCG